CGAUCGAUCUGUUGAUAGUUUUUAGCUGAAGAUUCUGGCGGGUGAGCCCAAAAACUACAGGAAAUGCUAGAAGUAAUACCACGACACCGAUUAUUACUACGUGUGUUUUCACAUCUCAACAGAAGAGAAGAACAGAACAAAAUAUYGCACAGCACUACCCAUCACACGACGGAAUCUCCUAGAGUAUAGCAGUCUCUCUGGAUUUGUCGUUGCAUAGUUGCGCAGAAGCAAUCUGUCUUUGCCUCGAACCGAGGAGUGUUUUAUCGCUAAUUCAAUAUAUGAUGAUGGCUUCGCGAUUCGUGUGGCCGGCAACACAACUUUUGUCACUAAUAUGUAUAAUCGGAGUGUCUGAAUCCUUUGUGCCGACUUCCACUAUUCGUGGCGGUCGCAUCGUUAGCAGCAAGAAGUUGCUUCAACUGCCGGAUCUACCUUUGUCCGUAGUACGCAGCAGAAACCAGUUCAUCCUUCGAUCUGCCAACAAGGAGGAAAUCGACGAUGAGGCUGUUGACACAGAGGCUUCGGAUGCAGACGAGCCAUCAGCAACAACCGACCAAAAGAAGAAGGCGAAAAAAGAAGAGUGGAACACGUCCCUGUUCCCGGCCAAGAUGUUUUACCCACCGCCGGAAGUCACCAUUGAGGACGGCGGGGUAUCUUCCGACAGCACCGAUGGAAGGACUACCGGUUUUCGCGCGGGCACCARAAAGCUCAUCCGGCAGCUUUCGUCAAAAAARAAGACAAAAAAUAUUUCACCAUCCGAGGUCUAUGACGAGCGAAAAUUUCGGUUGCAGAUUCGGAUACAGGGUCUUGCAGCGAUGGUGGGAUUGUUGGCCGGGGUGGCCGUGAGUGGAUUCAAAAUGGGAAUCGAAACCGUCAAGGAGGUCUGCUAUACACAUGGCAUCCCCGGACUCACAAGUGGCCCRUUGGUUUCUUUCGUGCCGGUUUUUGCCAUUACUACGCUCGGAGGUAUCGCCGUGGCUAUUCUGGCGUCUCUUGGCUCCUUUCCACCCGGAGUGAGAGGGGAGAUCGAUGAGGUGGACGACGCAUCUCUUGCUUUUUUUGACGAGCURCAUUACCAAGACGAGGACGACUCUGUCAGCGAAGACACAUGGGAAAAGAAGAUGGAGCGAUUCAACCCACUGUACGCCUUUGGGUUUGUCCGCAAAGCAUUUGCCUCCAUUUUUACCCUGGGUACAGGCUGUUCUCUAGGUCCGGAAGGACCUUCUGUUGAGGUUGCCAUGGCAAUGAGCCGUGUUUGCAUGUUCCUUUUCCCACCGGAAACGACCAAUGUCGGUGGCCUUACCGAAGACAAUUUAGACGGUAACAGUUCCAAUGCUGUAUCUUAUAAGUAUUCCAAGGAAGAUGUGCAAGCGCGAGUUCGUCGAAACCGCCUUUUGCUGAGUUGUGGUGCGGCAGCAGGUGUUUCGGCCGGGUUCAAUGCCCCCCUGGCGGGUGUGUUUUUUGCACUAGAGGUCGUCCAAGCAGCGUUACCCUCUUACACCAUCCCACAGUUGCCGUCGGGUGUGGCUAACGAUGAUUCUUCCAAAAUCAUUGAAUUGGAGCAAGAAUCACUUUCGGCAGAACCCUCGAGCAUCACGGCGAUCUUGAUAGCAUCCGUGGUAUCGGGACUGCUGGCAAGAGUCCUGCUUGGAAACGAACUAGCGCUCUCUGUCAUUAGCUACGAGAUCAAGACUCCGCUACUGGAACUCCCAUUGUAUCUCCUCUUGGGAGCCAUGUCUGGUUUGGUUGCCGUGACGUUUAGUCAAUCGGCCAAGCUCGCAAAGCGGACCUUUGAUGGAGAGGCGGGUCCYGGACCCGUGAAAGAGGCCUUUGGGUCGCUCCCUAGUUUUUCUCGUCCCAUCCUCGGGGCGUUAACGUGCGGUAUAGUCAGUAUUUUCCGCCCCGAGGUCUUGUUCUUUGGCUACGAAACCCUCAACGGUUUGCUCAGCAACAACACCAUCCCCACACUAACCCUGCUGACUCUGCUUGGAGCAAAGAUUUUCACGACAGCUGUUUCCGCCGGAAGCGGAUUGGUGGGUGGAACCUUUGCACCGAGCUUGUUUUUGGGUGGCAUGUGCGGAGCUUCUUUCCACAAUAUCGUGGCGUCCAUCUUUCAAGCCUUUGACUCUGCCGGUGUCGGUAGUUCUCAUGUUUUCUUCCCGGGUAUCGUGUUCCAACUCGCGGACGUCCCUGCGUAUGCCAUGGUAGGAGCCGCCAGCACACUGGCAGCCCUAUUUCGGGCUCCCCUCACCGCCUCUUUGCUUCUCUUCGAACUAACCCGAAACUACGAUAUUCUUAUCCCGCUGCUAGCCAGUGCCGGUGUGGGCAGCUUAGUGAGCGACAUCGUCGAAAGCAAACUGGAGGCUCGAAAUUACAAAUAAGCAUGAUCCUCCCAUCGCCUUAAUACGACAAAGAUAUAUUACAUUUUUGUGACUUUCGUGGUGCUGUAGUUGUAGUAAAAAUAUUAUACAUGA